AUGACAAGACCGGCAGUUGAAUACCGCGGAACGUACCCAGAUGCCGUGAGCCAGGGCAAAAAAGUCCGUUGGAGCCAGCCCUAUAAAUACCCAUCAAGCCGAGCACCUGUGGCUCAGUCUGGAGCAGAACUUGGGAGAUUGAGAAAGAAGUACAGCAAGGAAAAGUCCAGAGCCAGAGCAGUGUUGGAGACAGACCCCAAAACUGUUCAGGAUCUGACUGCUGUGGUUCAUACACCUCUCCAGCAGAUGCAGGACAAAUUUCAGACCAUGUCAGACCAGAUAAGUGGCCGAAUUGAUGAUAUGAGCAGUUGCAUUUAUGACCUGGAGAAAAACAGUGCUGGCCUGAUGACCCAAGCAGGGGUGGAAGAAAUAGAAGGGCAAAAUAAAACACCAACUACACGUAAUAAAGAUUUUGUUAAUCAUUUAGAGUGA